UGUCAACUUGUCAAACUGUUGUCAAAUUGCGCUCGAAAUUUUGUCGUUGCGGAUUUAAAUUCAAUAAUUAGAGAAUUCUUAUUAUACAUUUACAUUUAUCAAUAAUGUCGUCUUACAAACCCAUUGACUCUAAAAGAGAAGAGUUCAGACGAUAUUUAGAAAGAGCCGGGGUUAUGGACGCAUUGACAAAAGUCCUGGUAAGCUUGUAUGAAGAACCUGAUAAACCAGAAGACGCCUUGGAAUAUGUUCGUAAACAUCUAGGUACUGACGGUGGAGAAGAUGAACUUGAAGCAGCUAAAGCUCGCAUUGCUGAACUAGAGGCGGAAAAUGCACUUUUGAAAGGUGAAACAGCCCCAGCGGAGGGGUAAAGUAAAAUAUUCCAUUAUCAAUUGUACAAAUGAUCUCAGGCACAAUAGAUGAUCUCAAAAACAUAAUUGUUGAACCUUUAAAGAUUUAAAGUUAUUGUGUGCACAGAGUAUUUCGUUAUAAUUUAGGUAUGUUUUAAGUUUGAGUGCAGGAGAGCACAUUAAAUUUUUGUUCUUUUU